CCCCUCCCCCUCCUCCUCCGCCCGGUGCCGGGUUCCGGGUUCUGGAGCUCGGUCCCCGGCCGGACCUCCGCAGGCAGUGAGGAGAGCCGCGGGCAGGCUGUCACUUCAGCUCGUCCGAGCAGGCAGCUCCGCUCUCCGUCUUCACCUCCAGAGCUCCCCUCUGUCCUCCUGCUCCUCCUGCUCGUCCUGCUCGUCGGAGGCCCUCAGUGGAAGAAUGAGCUGCUACAGCGUGACUCUGCCGGGCCCCGGGCCCUGGGGCUUCAGGCUGCAGGGCGGAAAGGACUUCAACAUGCCACUCACCAUCUCCAGGAUCACUCCGGGCAGCAAGGCGGCGCAGGGGAACCUGAUCCAGGGGGACGUGAUCGUGGCCAUUGACGGCGUCGGCACGGAUGGGAUGACCCACCUGGAGGCCCAGAACAAGAUCAAGAUGGCCAACUACAACCUGUCGCUCACCAUGACCAAGGCGAAGCGCCCCAUCCCCAUGGCCCCGCCCAGAAUGGACGCCGCCAUCUCGCUGAUCCCUCACCAGCAGGUCUUUUCCCCUGCACCUCCCAACGCCGGCUUUCACCCGGGCGUGCUGAAGGACACCCACCAGCCCAUCGAGGUGAAGGGUCCCGGGGGAAAGGCCACCAUCAUCCACGCCCAGUACAACACGCCCAUCAGCAUGUACUCCCAGGACGCCAUCAUGGACGCCAUCGCCGGCCAGACGCAGGCCAAAGGGCAUGACGUCAGCCAUUAUGGAGCUCCUCCCAUCAUGCAUCAGGCUCCUCAAGGCCCUCCCAUUCAGCAGUACCAGCCAAUGCCUCAGCAGUACCAGCAGCCACCCACACUGCAGGCCCCGCCCCCUCAGCAGUACCAGCAGCCACCCACACUGCAGGCCCCGCCCCCUCAGCAGUACCAGCCAAUCCCUCAGCAGUACCAGCAGCCACCCACACUGCAGGCCCCGCCCCCACAGCAGUACCAGCCAAUGCCUCAGCAGUACCAGCCAAUGCCUCAGCAGUACCAGCAGCCGCCCACGCAGCAGAACCCCCCCACUCAACAGAGCUCCAUCCAGAUCCCGGUUGGCUCCGCCCCUCCGAAGGUGGUGACCACAGCGUGUAUUUACCCUUCCCAGCCAGCCCCAGCUCCAGUCCCACCGCAGCCCCGCCCCCCAGCUGCUGCCCCAGCCCCACCCCCUGCUGAUCCCGACUCCUCCAACAGACCGCCCUGGAUCACCGACACUAAUUUCGCGGGCAAGUUCGACCCGGGUAAGACCACCACCAAGAUCCAGCCGCUGCCGCUGCCGCAGGCCGCCCCUCCCCCGCCGGCCUACCACCCCAACCCCUCCCCUGCCGGGCCUCCGGCCCCCAGGCCCGGCCCCAUCAGCCCCAGCCCCGCCCCUUUCAUGCCUGUGGCCAGGGGCGUGGCUCAGAGGGCGGAGAGGUUCGCCGCCAGCAGCCGCACGCCGCUUUGUGGGGCCUGCAACAGCGUCAUCAGGGGCCCCUUCCUGGUGGCCCUCGGACGGUCCUGGCACCCCGAGGAGUUCAACUGUCACUACUGCCACAUGUCCCUGGCUGACGUCAGCUUCGUGGAGGAACAGAACAGCGUCUACUGCGAGAACUGCUACGAGGAGUUCUUCGCCCCCACCUGUGCUCGCUGCAACACCAAGAUCAUGGGGGAGGUGAUGCACGCUCUGCGGCAGACGUGGCACACUACCUGCUUCGUGUGUGCAGCCUGUGGAAAAGCCUUCGGAAACAGCCUCUUCCACAUGGAGGACGGAGAGCCGUACUGCGAGAAAGACUACAUCGCCCUGUUCAGCACUAAGUGUCACGGCUGUGACUUCCCCGUGGAGGCCGGGGAUAAGUUCAUUGAGGCUCUGGGCCACACCUGGCACGACACCUGCUUCAUCUGCGCAGUCUGCCACUUGAACCUGGAGGGACAGCCGUUCUACUCCAAGAAGGACAAACCGUUGUGCAAGAAGCACGCCCACGCCAUCAACGUGUAGCUCUGCCCACUCGUCACCUCGGAGCUCCGCCCACAUAUCGGAAUGCCUCCCAUUGUUUUUGCCUUCAUGUGUAGCCACGCCCACACCUGUGGAGUCCCACCUGCCCAAUGCCAUGCAGCCACACCCACACAGCCAUGACAGUACAGGCCCAGCCUCAAAAAUAUAUAGCCCCACCCACUCUUUCAGCAGGUGACCACGCCCAUAUCUUUUGUGUUGCCCCGCCCACCCACUGCUGUGCAGUCCCACCCUGGGGCUCCAUCAACACGUUCGAAUGCUACUAAUUGGUUCCGCUUUCACGUGCAGCAGCGUGAGCAUCCAUGUGUGGCCCCACCCAUCCCUCAGCCAAUAGCACGAGGCACUGAUGUGUAGCCCCGCCCACAUCGCCACUCGGUCCGAGCCAAUGUCCAGUCGGUGUUCACUAUGCCCUGCCCAGCCGUCACUUCCUGGUUGAUGGCAAUAAGCAGUGUAGAGUCCAGUCCGUCCCGGUUAGCUGCUAGCAUGGCCAUGCUGCCUCAUGACACCCUCUGGUGACGCUGUGUGGUUUGACAGGAUGUGUUUCUCACUGUGUCACGACUUUUCUACCAGAAUGUUUCGUACUUUGAAACAUUUUCUUUUUGUUUAAUGCAUUUCAUUAGAAUCAGCUUGUAAAGAAAAAUGACAAAUCAAAGAGGUUCCAUCUUGUUUUUGGAUGAAAAAAAAAUUAUGAAAUGUUUAAAAAUCAGUCAUUAAAAUGAUCAUUUCUGUAAUAUUUGUUUCUUUUUGAAAAACAGUUAAACAUUUAUUUAAUCUAUUUAAAUUGGAAAACUUCUAAAUGUCAGUUUGAAGCACAAAUUUACAGACUGUUUGUAAGACAAUGCUGAGAUUUGAUUUGUUGGUUGUUGUUUGGUUUUGUUCGUAUUGUUUGUGUCUGACGUGCCUCCGCUCACUCUCACUUUGAUUUUUAUUAUUAUCACUUUUAGAAUCCACUGAAAUUGAAGGUUUACGUUAAUUAAACAGCAGAUCUUCACACAAUCCCUCUGACUUUGAACUGUUUUGUUCUGAAGACCUGAUUCUGAGUGUAGACCUGGACUUUAGGUCUGAGUAUUCAGACCUUUCAGUCUCCGACGUUCAAAUUCUUGAUUUCAUGUGAUGUUCAGGUCCUGAUUUUCAGGUUUUGGUGUUCAGGUUAUGAUAACUCCUGAUGUCCAAGGUUAUGGCGUCCAGGUUCGGAUUUUCAGGUUCUGGUGUUCAGGUCUUGAUCAUCAGGUCCCAGGAUCCAGGUCAAAGUGAUAUUUAAGAGUCAGUCACUGAUUUUAGAAUUCAGAUCCUGAAAUUCAGGUUUAGACCAAGGUGUUUAAAAUGGGUGCUCAAGUCCUGGACUUUUUCCUUGCGGCCUUCAGGGUUUGGUUCAACCCCCAUAAUUCAGGCCUUGGAGUUCAGGUCCUGGCAGUCCUGGUCUUGGUGUUCUGUUCCUUGUAUUUGCGUUUCAGUGUUCAGCUUCUGGAUUCCAGGUCCUGGACUCCAUGUCCUGAAUUUCAUCGCCUGUAUUUUGGCACUCGAUAUCAGAUCAUGGAUUUUAAGUCCUGUGCUCAGACUGCGGUUUUCAGUUUGUCUUCAGGUCCUGAUACCUGGUCCUGGAUUUGUGGUGUCACUGCUGUUAGUGUGUGUUUGACGUCACUCGCUUCGGUUUCUUUUCUCCCUUUCUUUUUAACUUAAAUCUUCACACUUUGUUUUUUCUUUCACAAUCUAACUGAUUUUAUUUAAUUUUUUAAAUAUCCUUCAACUUUAAACUGUAAAAAAAUCUAAAUGAAAUCUCCGAGACUGAAGCAGUUCUUCCAUCUCUUUGUUCUGCUGGUGAAUGUUCUGUUCUCAGAUGGAAGGUUUCGCUCCACCUGGUUCACAAUGGAGGAGCGACAAGUGUAGAAACAGCUUUCUCUAUUUUAGUGCCUCUACUGGCCAAUAGAGGAACUGCAUGUUGACUAUUUAACCACUUUAGACUUUUCUGGGGGGUUUUUCCCCAGAUAACUCAGUCCAAGAUGAUUGAUUUGUUUAAAAAAAAAAAAAAAAAAAAGUCAAACAGACUUAAAGCUCUGACAUUUUUCUCAAGCAGGAAGAACGUAUUGAUGGGUUGAAAAGA